AUGUAAGGCAGAGUUUGCUAAGCAGAAGUAAAAGACACUCAGAUAUUUCGAAAACAGACAGUAAGAAAAUGUCUGGUUGAAACUUUUUAAUAUAUAAUUUGGUGCAUUUUUCUUUCAGGAAAUCAUAUGAUAUGACACCUACAGAAAUAAAAAAGAACACUUUGAAUAAAAUAAAGUUGAGUUGAUCUAAUGGAACUAAUCAUUUUCAUUACUAAUUACCUUCAAAAAGUUCAAUGUCAUCUCAAGUUCAUCCAAAGUAUCACACUGACAAAUUGUAUUGACAAACAUCAACAAGUUAUUUUAACCCUUUGACGCAUAAGCUAUGCAAACCCCUUCUAAUGCAUAACAUGGGUCUAAAAUGACCCGUAUUCAUUCCCUUUGUUAUUUCAAUCAAGGCUGAGUGGUUUUUGCUGAAUCUUUGAAAGAAAUGUAUUUUAUCAUUUGUUUAUUCCAGGUAUUCAUUAAAUAUCUUGUUUUAGAUUUCCACAAAUCAUUAUGUUUAUUUUCCCUUUCUUAAUUUAUAAACAAACACAGUUUUUGUAUUUCUACAUCAAUUUUACACACAUGGGUCAAAAAUGACCCAUAUAGAAAUCUCCCAUAUAGAACAUAUUUACUGCAGAAAACUAUUAACCUGCCACACAUUUCACAACUCAACAGAGCUGCUUUUGUAUAUUUGAUGCGUGUCUUAUUAAAGUCUUAUUAUAUUUCAUACAAUAGGCUAUAUAUUAUAUUUCAUCAUUUAUAAUUUUUAGUCAUAAAUCAAUGCUCUUGGUCACCCUUUAUGUCUGUCAGUAUUCCUGAAAGGUAACAGUUUUGGACAUACAAGGUUUCUGUCCGACUGUGACGUUAUAUAAUAAGGAUAUACUCGAUCAACGUUUUGAUGUGCAUUUGAAAAUAUUCUUGUGCUUUUGAUUUUCUUUAUCCAGAGUGUUAGUAUGGCCGGUGAACUAAAAUGGCUGAAAUGCAGCAUUCAGAACAGGAUGAGGAAGAUGAGGCAAUUCUUAGUCCUGAUUUAGAGAAAUAUCUGAUGCUGAUGACCUAAACUAUGUGCCACAGGGUCAAUCUGGAGUUGUAGGUGUAAAUCCAGCUCCACUGAUGUGUCCCCUGAAGAGAACACUUAGACCCAGUCCAAUAAAUUGAGUGAAAAGGGGUCUUACUGGAGCGAGCAUCCCCCUAUUUUCUUGCGAUUAUAUGCGAUAUAGAAAAUAACUCAGUCAGGUCACUUUAGACCAAUGCUGUGUAUGUCCAAAACUGUUACUUUUCAGGAACACUGACAGACAUAAAGGGUGACCAAGAGCAUUGAUUUAUGACAAAAAAAAAAAAAAAAUGUAGAUACAAGGUUUCCACCUGACAGCAACGAUAUAUACAAUAUUGUAUGUAAUAUAAAUAUAAAUAUGUAAUAUUUAAACUUUUAUUUUGUUGCCCUAGCUAACAUUAGCUAGCUAGAAUAGAAUAUGUCAUGAGCAAGCAAGCUAAUAGUAUUGGAAAUGUUUCUCUUUCUCUCUAGUAAUAGAUUUCAAGGUCAAGGUAACCUUGGCCUAACAUUCAAAUAGUAUGUCCACUUAUAGCAAAUAUUUUCUAUGGUUAAAAAAAUAAUAAUAUUAUAUAUAAAUAAUAAGACAUGCAUCAAAUAUACAAAAGCAGCCAUUUUGAAUGGCAGGUGAAUAGUUUUCUGCAGUAAAUAUGUUCCUACUUGCAAAAAUGUGAAAGGUUUCUAUAUGGGUCAUUUUUGACCAUAGGGAAUGAAUACGGGUCAAUUUAGACCCAUGUUAUGCAUUAGAAGGGUAGUGAUACAAAAAUGACUUUUAUUCAAAAAGUAAGACAAGAAAAAUGAAAAUAAGAAUUUGUGAUGAUCAAAAACAAGUUCAGUGAGGAAUACCUGGAAUACUGAAUGAUGAAAUAAAUUUCUUGCAAAGAUAUAGAAAAUAAAAACUCAGUCGGGUCAUUUUAGACCCAUGUUUUGCAUCAAAGGGUUAAGAUCCCUUUCUCUAAUUGCAAAUUGAAGUACUUAAUGUUUAGCUGCUUUUCCACCGUCGGGCCGAACGGUUCUCAUUGCGUAACCUUUCCAUUCGGAAUCAUUCGUUCCAAACAUUCGUUUGUUCUGGGCCAGCUGGUACGGUUCCGGUUUCAUUUUCCACUGUGGGGCUGAUAACAGCCGCUCUUUGGAAUGUAAUAUAAAAGCGUCUGUCGUUGCCUUGGUAACGCAAUGGUUUACUUAUGAUAUGAGAUGUAAAUAAUGGCCGCGUUAUGGAGAAUGAUUAGAUAUUUCUUUCAAUUUUAUGAUUAAUUUGUGUUUAUGUUGCUCAAAUAGAACGAGCGAGCUAUGGAGAACUGGCAACGUUAGCCAGGCAACAGACACGUGACCAAUCCUGUGUGGCAAUGUCACUUCACGGUUAGAAAAACGUGCCGAGAAUUCAGGGCUGAGAGCGGUUUGUAAUCGUGCCGUGCCGUACCAGGCUCCAGUGGAAACACAACUGGAACCGUUCGGCCCGACGGUGGAAAAGCGGCUUUUGUAAUCGUGCCGUGCCGUACCAGGCUCCGGUGGAAACACAACUGGAACCGCUCCUUACCAUUCUGUUCGGCACGACGGUGGAAAAGAGGCUAUUGACUAGAGAAGAUCCAGCACACUCUCAUGGCAUUUAUGAAUUAUUGUACAUUUUGGCAAAUUGACGGCUAAAGGUGCAGUCAAAUUAGUGAUUCUUUAGUGAAAUUUUGUGGGCAAAAAAAGGUCCACUGUCAAUCAUAUAGCGAUGUAUGAAGCACUGCUCACAUGCUUUCAAACCAAUCUGCUUUCUCUUGGACAGUGCGGUGAAUUUGUGUGACCUUGAACAUGAGUAAAAAAUUUUUUGCCCUCACGCGAAACUCCCAAACAUGCAGAUUCCUAUUGAAAUGACUGGAUUUCGCCCACAAAAUUUCGCAGAGCAAUGGUAAAUGUGAACGCACCUUAAUCUUAUACAUAUUUUAUACAUAUGUUAUUGUAUUAUCUGCUUAUGCCUCACUGAUGGUUAGGACCUUCAAGCUCACUUUUGGUCUAAAAAUUGCAAGCUUCUUCACAAAUCACAUCUUAUAAAUGAAAAGCCACCUGCUUUGGCUAAAUGAAAAGUGUUCCUUACACAUUUUGGGUCUCUGGGGGUCAAGGGGGUCUCUGAAAAUAUUUUUUGAUAACUUUUGAUAAUCAUAAUUCUGAUUCAAUUGGACAAUGACAAAUGUCCUGACUGAUUUGAUUUCAGUGCCUCACUAUGCUUUAUUUUUGAAGGAAAAUAGGUAAUGAACUCUUUCCCUACAUAUGCAGCCACUUUGUCAGAUUAGCACAGUGUCCUGUGGGUGUUUCCACGGCCUCUGGAGAACAUGAUGUUAAUACUUAAUUUAAAGAGCUUUCUUCUCUCUGCCACUCUCUUCGGCUCUCCCCUUCCCUUUUUCUUCUGUGUGGGAGGGAUGCAGAGGGAACAACUGUGUAGAGAGUCGUGAUGUGGCAUUUCCUUGAGAGAUGAUUUUCCUAAAAUGUCUUAAAGGGAAUUACAAAGAGAUUAAUGCCUUCUCGGGCCAUAUCAAUCAAACACUUGUUUGUUAGGGCAGCUGCCAACAUCAUUGCGUUUGUUGGCGAUUAGCAACAUCAUUUUGUGGGUAGUUAAACAACCUGAUGGCAUGAGUUUGGGGGUGGGACUUCCUGUUUGGUGACAGGGAUGUCAUUGACCCAGAGAGUAUUUGAUCUAACAAAACAGUUUUAAAAGCCAUAAGAAAUGGCUUGACAAACAGUUUCUUGCCUGUGUUGACCUACUUCCUGAUAAAACAAAAAGUUUGGGAUGAGUUCACAUCGAAGAGCUUAAUUGCAUAUUGUUAAAGCAGGUAUUACAUUUAAUGAGAAACAAACUUUGCAAUGUUAAAAAAGUAUGUUCAAUAUAGGAUGAAUUUUUUAGUAUGAAUGAAAUCGGGUGUAGUACAUUUCUCUUGUUGUCAUUGUCAUGUGAUCUACGGCAUCAGUUGCGUCACUGCCAUUCACCAGUGGCCUCAUGGGAUAGUAAAGUGUCCAUUCAAUGAGCACUUCAGAAUCUUGGCAGAAGUAGUAGGUCAUUCAGGUAAUUUUAAAAAGAGACAGACCCUGCAUAUGAAUAUGCAUCCUUACCUAUUAUAUAGUAGGCGAAAAGGUGACAAACAGUAUGUGAAAUGAGAAGUAUGUCCGAAUUCGUAGUAAUUCGUAAUAUUUCCAUCCAGGUAAUUUGCAUCACUGCCAUUCAUAACUCCUCUCCCAUAGCCUCAUGGGAUAGUAAAGUGUCCAUUCAAAAUGUAGUAGGUCAUCCAGGUAAUUUUAGCCUACUGUGUUUUGCAUACGAAUUCGGACAUAUUACUCAUUUCAUAUACUGUUUUUCUCCUACUGUUUUAUGUGUACUACGAAUUCAAAGGGUCAUCCAUGAACUUUUCACCUACUGUUUAUGAAUACUAAAAAUUCGGUCAUACUACUCUUUUCACAUACUGUUUGUCACCUAUACUCACCUACUACGAAUUUGGACUACUCGCUUUUCACCUACUAUAGUAGAAGUAUGUAUAUUCGGAUGCAGGGUCUGCCUCUUUUUAAAAUAGCCAGCAGACCAAUAAAAUGAUAAUAUGUGGCGGUAUUUGAGAGAAGACAACAUUUGAUCGGUCAAAUAUUUGGUUAUGCCCCCAAGUGCAAGAUGAUUUCAUCAGUAUUGUUUGUCUGUUUUCCCAAGAGAGAAAGACUGUAAAGGUGUAUAUCUGAUAAAAGCUAAUUUCCCCAACUUUUAGCUGUACAUUAGCCAUAUAUAGGUAGCUCCAAGGCUAACAGACAUAGACUAAAAACUUCAAAAAAACUCCAAUUAGAUGUCUUUACAUUGUCAAGGUGGAUUUACCUUUCUCUGUGGCCACUUCACAGCUGUCAGUCCAUCCUCCAUCCUAAGGUUAAUCCCCCUCUUUCUCCCAAUUCUAAUGAGGUAUUAUUAGCUGAUUAGAGAGGACCCUCAUGAAAAAGAUGAAAGCUAGAGUGAGCGAGUCGGAGAGAGCAAGCUGGAUAGAGGGAGGGAGGUAAAAAAAGAUCAACUCACUGCUAGUUGUGCUGUGGAAGCAGUGGGAUAAAGCUUCACAGUGAGAGAGAGGCAAACUGGGAUAUAUUUUCUAUUUUUUCCCCCCUCUGUUCCCGUUUCUUGGCUUGUUGCAAGUCAAAUGAAAAAGGCGUAAAUUUAGCAUCCUAACAGCCAAAGCGUCUCCUCAACGUGCUUGUUCAGAAGACUCUCCGUGUCUAAUGUGACACGUUGGGGUGGAAUCGUGGGACAUUCGGUCACGCAAAGCUAAGGGAAGGAUGGAUAGAGUGAACCGGGUUUUAAACAUCGUAAGACAGAUGUCUCCCAGGAAAAGGGAAAGAGGGUCUCAUUGGGAGGCGGAGAGCCCGGAGACCUGCGAGGAGAGUCUGUGCUCUCUCAGCCUUUGCAUCAGCGAUGAUGGGCCGUACUCUAAGGGGAACAAGGACUCGACGGGAGCAGAAAACACACUCACAUCCAGAAGACAAAGCAUCCCAGAAGAACUGCGUGGGGUUACGCUGGUUGAGCUGAUUAAGAAAGAAGGCAGCACUUUGGGUCUCACCAUUUCAGGCGGCACAGACAAAGACGGCAAACCACGCGUCUCCAACCUGCGGCCGGGUGGACUUGCGGCGAGGAGUGAUCAACUCAAUGUGGGCGACUACAUCAAGUCAGUCAAUGGCAUCAACCUGACCAAGCUGCGUCACGACGAGAUCAUCAGUCUGUUAAAGAAUGUAGGCGAGCGCGUUGUGCUGGAAGUGGAGUAUGAACUGCCUUCAGCUGCGCCAGACAGUACCUCAGGUGUUAUUUCCAAGACAAUCGAGAUCUGUUUGCAGAAAGAGGGCAACAGCUUUGGCUUUGUUAUGCGAGGUGGAUCGCAUGAGGACUGGCACAAAUCUCGCCCUUUGGUGGUCACACAUGUCCGUCCAGGUGGUCCUGCUGACAGAGAAGGGACUUUAAAAGCAGGUGAUCGGAUCUUAAGCGUGGAUGGAGUGGUUUUACACAGUGCCACUCACAGCGAAGCCCUUAUUGUACUGACCCAGUGUGGACAGGAAGCCCUUUUCCAGAUCGAGUACGACGUCUCCAUCAUGGACUCGGUGACCAAUGCUUCAGGUCCUCUGCUGGUGGAGAUUGCCAAGGCGCCCGGAGCGAGCCUGGGAAUUACUCUGACCACUGCCAUGCACAGGAACAAACAGGCCAUCGUCAUCGACAAGAUCAAAUCCGCUAGCGUGGUGGACAGGUCAGGAGCAUUACAUGUGGGUGAUCAUAUCCUGUCUAUAGACGGCACCAGCACAGAGCACUGCUCGGUUCUGGAGGCAACACAGUUGCUGGCCAGCACAUCUGAUCAGACCAAACUGGAGAUCCUACCCGCACAUCAAACACGACUGCCCGGAAAACCCCAGGACACUGUGAAAGUUCAGAAAAGUGACCACCCGCACUGCUGGGACCCCUGUGUGAACUACUGCCAUUCCCAACAUCCUGGUCACUGCAAGACAUCGACAUGGACCUCUGCUUCCAGUAACCCAUCCAGCUCUCAAGAUUACUGCAAAUCGAUAGUCUGCACUAACUUCUCCCCUGGGUCCACCACCACAUCGGGCAUGACCAGCCAGGGUUCCAGCACGCUGCCCCGGGCCGCUCCUCCCAUGAGCCCGCGGAACUCCAUGCUAAAGAGAAGACAGAGGAAAAAAGAGCACAAGAGCUCCUCCGUGUCUUUAGCCUCAAGUUCUGUGGGCCCUGGUGGUCAGAUUGUCCACACAGAGUCCAGUGAGGUCAUUCUGAGAGGAGACCCUCUUAAUGGGUUUGGGGUUCAGCUACAAGGCGGAAUAUUUGCAACGGAGACCCUCUCUGCACCCCCUCUUAUCCGCUUUAUAGAGCCGGACAGCUCAGCCGAAAGGUGUGGGCUUCUCCAGGUUGGAGACAGAGUCUUAUCCAUCAAUGGAAUUCCUACAGAAGAUGGAACGCUGGAAGAGGCAAAUCAGCUGCUCCGAGAUGCUGCUCUGGCCAAUAAGGUGACACUAGAGAUUGAGUUUGAUGUGGCAGAAUCUGUUGUGCCUAGCAGUGGAACUUUCCAUGUGAAGCUGCAGAAAAAAAGAGGAGUGGAGCUGGGCAUCACUAUCAGUGCCAGUAAGAAACCAGGAGAGCCUCUUAUCAUCUCUGACAUUAAAAAAGGCAGCAUGGCCCACAGAACAGGAACUCUGGAGCCCGGAGACAAGCUGCUAGCCAUAGAUAACAUCCGCCUGGAGAACUGCUCCAUGGAAGACGCCGUCCAGAUUCUCCAGCUGAGCGAAGACCUGGUCAAACUCAAAAUCCGCAAGGAUGAGGACAACUCAGACGAGCAGGAGUCUUCCGGCUCCAUCAUCUACACAGUGGAGCUGAAGCGGUACGGCGGCCCGCUGGGCAUCACCAUCUCCGGCACAGAGGAGCCCUUUGACCCCAUCAUCAUCUCCGGCCUGACCAAGAGGGGUCUCGCUGAGAGGACUGGAGCCAUUCAUAUUGGUGAUCGGAUUCUGGCCAUCAACAGCGUCAGUCUGAAGGGUAAACCGCUCAGUGAAGCCAUACACCUGCUGCAGAUGGCAGGAGAAACUGUCACCCUCAAAAUCAAGAAACAGACUGACACACCAGAUGACAAAAAUAAAGAGAACGAUCUCGAUAAUGAGCUCAGCGAUAACGAGGACGAGAUGACAGACUCGCAGAAGACCAAUAAAUUGUCCGACAUUUAUUCCACCACCAUCCCCAGCGUGGAUUCGGCGAUGGAAUCAUGGGACGGAUCAGGAAUUGAUGCUGGUUAUAGCAGCCAAGGUGCCUACAUCCAUCAGGCUGCUGGGAUUGCUUUACACCCUCACGAGUGGCGUAACACCAAGCAGAGAAACAGCACUCCACCUCCCACCCGCCGCAAAAACUACCCGUUCAGUGACGGAGGAUUCAGUGAAGACGACUGGGAUAAAGCUGCCGGAUACAGCAGCCAGACGCAUGCCGAUGGUCUCAUAAUGGAGCAGGAGGACAGCUUCUGGUGCCAAGCCCUGGAAGACCUGGAGACGUGUGGCCAGUCCGAGCUACUGCGUGAGAUUGAGGCGUCAAUAAUGACCGGCAGUGCCCUGAGUUUGGGCGUGGAGGGUGGAAAGACCCACUGCGAGACGGUCAGCCAACCUCACCUCAGCCCUCUGCGUAAGGCCCCACAUCUUCUCAACGAGACCAAGAGCAAGAGCACACUCCGCAUGUCCGAGAAAACCUGGGAAUCACGAAGGAUCAAAGAAGAGAUUCAGGACAUUCUGUCUCCCACACCGUUAGAGCUGCACAAGGUGACGGUGAUGAAAGACCCAGAAAGCGAUGACUUUGGAUUCAGCGUAUCGGACGGUUUCUUGGAAAAGGGUGUUUACGUGAACAUGAUCAGACCUGAGGGUCCAGCAGACCGUGCUGGACUCAAACCGUACGACAGGAUCCUUCAGGUGAACCACGUACGGACACGUGAUUUCGACUGCUGCUUAGCUGUUCCCCUCAUCACAGAGGCCGGAGACAAACUGGAGCUGGUGGUUAGCCGAAACCCAUUAGCACAGCCGGGUGUCGCCCAGCCCCUCGACUGCCAUCCCCACUUCAACACUGUAGGCCAUUCCCGCGAGCACCAGACCAGCACGCUGGACCUGUGACCAUUGACCAUUGGCAUUGGUAACUCAGACUAUAUCCACACCGGACCAUUUGUUGCAACAGACUAUCACAGGCAGCCAUGAUUCACUGGUUUCAUUACAAAACUCUAAUGAACUGAAAUAUCCAGAUCGUGGAAACAGUACAACAAGAUUUGAGCCAGUGUUCAGUACAAAACUCGAAAGGAUCUGAGCCAGUUUUUAAAAACAGAAAAAAAUUAAUAAAAAUAUUUUUUGGACAACUACAAUGCAUACAACACAUGGACUUCACCCAAUUGAAUCAAAAUGUUCUUUUCUUUACUUUUCUUUUCUUUGUUCUUUUUUGUUUUGUUUCUUUCCUUUUUAUUGUUUAUUGUUUUGUUUUUGGUAUUUUUGUUUGGCUUUAUUUUAUUUGGAAUUUUGUUUUGUUUUGUUUUUCAGAUAAAAAAAAAACAAAAACAUACUGUGUUCAAAUGUUUACAAAACAGAAAAAGGAUUCUGCUUUUGAAGUAGAUGUAAGCAUUUUUUUAGGUGUCUUACAUUUCCAUUUUCACUAGCAAGUGUUUUUACUUACACAACAAACUACAAAUUAAGCUUUAUUUGUGUUUUAGUCCUGGCUGAGUCACUGCAGGAAUACCUUUAGGCACACAUUGUCCUUUCACACAAAAACACACACUACUACUAUAAACAGACAAAACACCACCAUUCUUUGUCCCCUACAUGCAUAAACAGUAUAGACUUCCUAAAAACAAACUUAAAUUUGUCUUUGUGUCAGACACAAACACUUCAGGCUACGAGUGCCACGACAACAAUGCACAAGGUGACUGCCUGCUGCUCUAAAAUAUUUGAUAUUGCCAACAAAGACUUCACAGCUUCUCGUGCAACAUCAUGUUUCUUAUUUACCAGGAGUAUAAGGCAUUUUCCAUGAAUAGGGUACACAUUACAUUUUUUAAAUGCAAUAGAGAGACUUUUUUUUUAUCCUGAGGUCGAUUAGAUAUGUUAGAUAAUCUAUUAUAUAACAAAAUAGUAAACAUAUUAACCCUCUGGUCCUCUUUGUUUAGGGGUCACACUUGGUCACACUCAUAAGUGACCGAAGCCUUGAAAUGUAACUGUUUUGUUCUUCAGGAAAACCAAUGUAAUAUCAAUAAUAUUUUCAAUAAUAUUUUUUGAUUAUUCUUUAAGAGUAUUUUAUUUUAUGAUAGUAUGCAAUAUUUUAUUAGCUAUUUUUCCCAUUGAAAAAUAAUACAUUUUUUUUUUUCUGAUAUAUUUUUAAAUUAUUUUCAAUUAAAGCAGUAUUUCAUAUUAAAAUAGAGACAAGACAUUUAAAAUCCAAUUUUUUGAAGAUAGAUUAGUGCCAUCUGGUGGGAGUAAAAAAGAAAAACGUAUGUAAUGCCAUAAUGUAACCAAUAGAUUCCUAUUUAGCUCUACAGGUGCUGGUCAUAUAAUUAGAAUAUCAUCAAAAAGUUGAUUUAUUUCACUAAUUCCAUUCAAAAAGUGAAACUUGUAUAUUAUAUUCAUUCAUUACACACAGACUGAUAUAUUUCAAAUGUUUAUUUCUUUUAAUUUUGAUGAUUAUAACUGACAACUAAGGAAAAUCCCAAAUUCAGUAUCUCAGAAAAUUAGAAUAUUGUGAAAAGGUUCAAUAUUGAAGACAAUAUGGCCUUUAAAUGGUCUCUCAGUCUAGCUCUGUAGGCUACACAAUCAUGGGGAAGACUGCUGACUUGACAGUUGCCCGCACCCUGGAGAGGAUUGUGAAACAAAAACCAUUCAAAAAUGUGGGGGAGAUUCACAAAGAGUGGACUGCAGCUGGAGUCAGUGCUUCAAGAACCACUACGCACAGACGUAUGCAAGACAUGGGUUUCAGCUGUCGCAUUCCUUGUGUCAAGCCACUCUUGAACAACAGACAGCGUCGCCUGGGCUAAAGACAAAAAGGACUGGACUGCUGCUGAGUGGUCCAAAGUUGUGUUCUCUGAUGAAAGUAAAUUUUGCAUUUUCUUUGGAAAUCAGGGUCCCAGAGUCUGGAGGAAGAGAGAAGAGGCACACAAUCCACGUUGCUUGAGGUCCAGUGUAAAGUUUCCACAGUCAGUGAUGGUUUGGGGUGCCAUGUCAUCUACUGGUGUUGGUCCACUGUGUUUUCUGAGGUCCAAGGUCAACACAGCCGUAUACCAGGAAGUUUUAGAGCACUUCAUGCUUCCUGUUGCUGACCAACUUUAUGGAGAUGCAGAUUUCAUUUUCCAGAUUUUCCAGAUUUCAUUUUCAGUUCAUCAAGCUACCAGUACCUGGUUUAAGGACCAUGGUAUCCCUGUUCUUAAUUGGCCAGCAAACUCGCCUGACCUUAACCCCAUAGAAAAUCUAUGGGGUAUUGUGAAGAGGAAGAUGCGAUAUGCCAGACCCAACAACGCAGAAGAGCUGAAGGCCACUAUCAGAGCAACCUGGGCUCUUAUAACACCUGAGCAGUGCCACAGACUGAUCGACUCCAUGCCACGCCGUAUUGCUGCAGUAAUUCAGGCAAAAGGAGCCCCAACUAAGUAUUGAGUGCUGUACAUGCUCAUACUUUUUAUGUUCAUACUUUUCAGUUGGCUAAGAUUUCUAAAAAUCCUUUCUUUGUAUUGGUCUUAAGUAAUAUUCUAAUUUUCUGAGAUACUGAAUUUGAUUUUCCUUAGUUGUCAGUUAUAAUCAUCAAAAUUAAAAGAAAUAAACAUUUUAAAUAUAUUAGUCUAUGUGUAAUGAAUGAAUAUAAUAUACAAGUUUCACUUCUUGAAUGGAAUUAGUGAAAUAAAUCAACUUUUUGAUGAUAUUGUAAUUUUAUGACCAGCACCUGUAUAUAAAGUGGCUUAAAAAUACUCUAGUGGUUUUUAGACAUAAAUACUUAUUUUUAUUAAGUUUAUUAAGUUGGAUUUGGAUUCAUACUUAGACAUUCUGAAAGAGAUUUAAAAAAAAAAAAAAAAAAAUGUUGAUUUGAAGUGUCAGUUUUUGCAUUAAUUUUACUUCAGUCAAACUUGAACACAGAGGAGGACAUUUUGUUACACAUAAAAUCAAAAUUCAAUAAAAAUGUAACAAAAAUGAACAGGUAUGUUUAAUCACAGCUUAAUCAAUCUGGGUCUGAUCUGAUUUCAACCUCUUAUUUGAGUCUUUUGGCUCAAUUUUACCAUAUUGUUACAGCCACACCAGUUCAUUUCUGUGUAUAAUAAUGUGUUGUGUGUGUCUGUGAGUGUGUGUAAGUUGAGGGUGUGUUUGAGUGGGUGUGUCUGUUUUGUACUCAUGAUGUUUUAGAGUGUAAUCUCUUCCUUGCUGUUUGUUUUUUACUGCUUUGUGGCUGAAUUAUUUAUUUUAUUUGCAAAAACUUGCUCUGUGUUAUAGUCACGCUAGUUCAUAUAUAUGUGUGUGUGUGGGGGGGGUGUAUAUGUCUAUUUUGCACUCUUGACGUUUUAGAGUGUCACCCCUUCAUUGCUGAGUUUUCGUAUUUUUUCGUAUUUCCCAUUCAUUUCCUAUGUCGUCACUUUUGACCGCGAAGGAGCCAAGUGUGACCCUUUAACAUAUCUUUGUUGCAUUAGCUAUGUGAACACACACAUGUCCAUGUCCAUGAUUUUUUGUGUGUGUUCACAUAGCUAAUGCAACAAAAGUCACCAACUGUCAUCCCAUUCCGAUGAAGCAAAAAAAAAAAUUCAAAUUUCAAAACGUUAAAUUUUUUAAGUCAUUUUUUACCGAAGAGGACCAGAGGGUUAAAUGUGUUUAUUUAUGGCUGGUCUUGACUAAUCUGUGACUAAAUCCAACAAUUAUAAUCACAUCAUGUUAUUGACAAUCUGUUGAAUGUUUUGCACAGGCUUGACUUCAAUUAAUUGUAAGCAAAAAGGUUUUUUUUUUUUUUUUUUUUUUUUUUAUAUAUUAACAAAUGUUAUCCACCAUAAAUGAUAUUUAGCUUUUUCCUAUAUUUUGUGUUCAACCCUGUUACUGUAUGAAUUCCCUCAUUACAAAAAAUUUAAAUUUCCUUAAAACACUAGAAAACAACAUUAUUUGAACACUUUCAACAUGGAAGCAAGACAAGUAACUAAUAUAACUCAAUUUUCUACAUUUUUACAUAAAUGUUAGUGUUGACUGCAUUGAUCAAGCUUAAACAGUGCAACUCUGUUAUUGUAAGAAAACAAUUGUAAAAAAUAGCUAACAUUUUUUAUUUUUAUUAUUAUUAUUUUUGGCAAAUAUGAUUCUAAAUAAUUCCAAACCUACAUUUCAUCCUAAACUUACUAGUCUCUACUGAGCGAUGGCUUAAUUAAGCUAAAUUUUAAAAACAGGGUUGAAACAAUUUUAUAUGGGGUCUGAAAUUAAUGAAAAGUAAUUUUAGUUUGACUUACUGAAAUCAACAUUUUCUUUCUGAAGGUUAAACAGGAGAAACAUGAGUUUCAGAACCUAUUUUGUACCCUAUUUGUGUGAAGUGCAUUUGCUAAAGACACUUUCAUGAAAAACAAGAAGCUGUGAUAAUGACAUGCAAACACUUUUUAGUUAGCAGCACGUACUUCCAUUACCUACAUCCUUAAAAGGCCACAUGUACUCUCAUGCAGCAAUAAAACUGAGUUCUGACAUGUCCUGACUUCUUUGACAUGUCAUUUACUUCUUGAAAAGCUUAUCAUGGUAAGUACUGUGGUUACGCCUACCUUCUCUCUCCACAUACCUCUUUAUCUUUUAACACCAAACUGCUGCCACAAUGUAGCAUUCACUCCAGUCCCUGCAAACAUCCAGGCCUCAAGGGCACGUACUUUCAUGGUAGAUUGUCGCCAAGCUGCUAUUUGCCACCACUGGCCAAAUGUCACAAAUGUUUCCGCCACAGGCUAUUUCAGACACAUUUGUCUAGGAGUGAUUGUAAAGCCGUCACAUCGCUAACUCAUGUUCCGCGCUUGUGGGUUACCAAGCUUUUACAAAGGUCACAUCUCUCUGGACAUGCAGCCCCACAGUCUGUUAACCUCCACUAAACAUUUAUCUAGUGUUUCACAAAUCUGAGAUUUAUGGUCACGGCAGGCUGUGGUAGAAUAUAUCUUGACAUAUGAAAGGGGAAAUAAGGACGUGUAGUUUCGUCUGUCAUGUCGUGUUUUGGAUUGUGGAAUAUUCUGCUGCUAUGAGAACCGUUUAACCCUACGAAACAAUUAGCACAAUUCUUUUAUGGAAAGAAUUUGACAGGUUACAAUGGUUAACGAAAACUUGUUUGAGGGUGUGUCUGAUCCCUAUUUAGAUUUGUUAAAUAGAGAUGUGUGGGAUCUGAGGUUUCCUAGAAAACCACUGUUAAGACAUCUCUUGAUUAGGUUUUAGAACAGAGAAUCAGUCUUAAUUCAGAACUGGUUUUAUUUUUUUGCAGAUGCAGAGGGGACACUGUGUACUAAAUUCUCUGAAAAAAACAAACCAACAAACAAACAAACAAAACAAUGUCAUUAAUUGGAAUCAGAACGGAAACUGUUAUGAUUCCAAUAUAUGUAGUUGGGACAGAUACAACACAGUAUUUUUUAUAAGUUAUCAUUUUUAUAAUCAAAAUUAACUUAAGGAAUACAGUCAAUAACUUGACAGAUAUGAGUCACUAUGAACUGUUUUUGUAUGAAAAUGAGCAGCAUGGACACUCUUCAAAAAUUCUCCUUAAAAAAUAAACGGUGAGUCAAUAAUAGCAUAAAUUUAAUUUUGGGGUGAACUACUCCUUAAAACACUAAAAAGUAACCCACGUGGACUGAAGAAAGCAUUAUCAUUGUCUCUGUACAGGUUGCAGACUUCAAGAUGUAUCUUGGUUCACACAAUAACCAUAAGCAAAUAUCAUUUCAGGAACCUAAAUGCAGCUAUAUCCUGUGGUUUGUCAAAGUCAGCAAAACAUUUUCUUUUACAUUUAGGACUUAGGACCUUGUGUGGUUCAAGCAGUUUUCCCACACUUAAAAGUCUACUUUUUGAGGGUAUUUCUCCUUCAGUGUGGUCCUGUCCACACCAAAACACAUAUACUCGUAAUUAAUUGUGGAUUAGGUGAAUUUAUUUCCUCACCCUGCAGUCUUUACUACCAUGUUGGAAAGCACAAGCAAAAUCUAUUUGCAGUAAAGUAGAAAGAACUCAUUGUUCUAGAAGACUUUGUUGAACAAUCAGUCUCUCUGUUCAGGACCAUCGCAUUAGGAGUCUACCCAAGGCUCGCUCCUAGGCCCCUUUAAGUUUUUUUUUCUUUUUUUCUCCCUACUACCUUCCUGUCUGUUGCGUAUUUAUACCAACUGGCUAAAAAAAUAAGACGUUAAUUUAUUCAAAAUUCCUUAUUUGACAUCUGCUUUGUGGUAGACCACAUUUUGUCUGCAGGUCGCUGCAUCGCAGGCCAACUCCAGCAAGCAAAGUAGGGACUGUUUUCAUUUCAGAGACAUUUAACCAUAGUAUUGUAAGUAUUUUGACAUGUUGUACGUACUAUUACAGGAGGAAAGACAAUGGGGUUCCUUUUAUAUGUGCAAUAUUGAGACCAGAGACAGGCUUUUAAUGGAUUUUACAUAAGCUUUAUAAAGCUCCAAAUGUGUUCAUCCCUAUGCAUUUUGAAUUCCUGAUUAAUGUAUGCAUUGAUAUUAAUGUGUAUUUUUGAAUGUGUAAUAUGAAAGUUCUAUUCUCUGUACAGUAUUUUUGUAUGAACUCUAAAUCUUGCUGUUUCCACAGCGUAUUUGAAGCACAAUGGCGAAAGAGAACCAAUAAUCAAGUCUAUUCUGGUUUGGCUAGACUGGUUUGGUGUUGAGACCCAUUCCUUAUCAAUAUGGGAAUGUGCUAAUGAUAUCCUUUUCUAAAAACAACUGAAUAAAAGAGGUAAAAUGCA